UGAAUAUUAUAUUUGUGUAUUCAAAAGCAUUGAGUUGUUCCUUGUGAUCGGGAUAUACAGUGCGCGUUACCGGUGUGAAAUCAUGGCUACGGAUAAAAUAAAGGUUGCCGUUCGGGUUCGGCCGUUCAAUCGUAGAGAGCUGGAACUCGGUACACAAUGCGUGGUCGAAAUGUCCGGACAGCAAACCAUCCUUCAGCAUCCCACCACGAUGGACAAGAUCGAACGGAGCAAACCAAAAACGUUCGCGUUCGAUCACUGUUUCUAUUCCCUGGACCCGGCCGCGGAAAAUUUUGCGAAUCAAGAUGUGGUGUUCGACGCCCUGGGCCGCGAUAUUUUGGACAAUGCGUUCCAAGGCUACAACGCCUGCAUUUUCGCCUAUGGCCAGACCGGGUCCGGGAAAUCAUACACGAUGAUGGGAAGCGGUGACAGCAAGGGCAUAAUACCUCGGCUGUGCGACAACCUCUUCGACAUGAUCGCGAAGCAGCAGAGCUCGGAAUUGACCUACAAGGUUGAAGUUUCGUACAUGGAGAUCUACAACGAGAAGGUGCACGAUCUGCUGGAUCCAAAACCGAACAAACAGUCGCUUAAAGUCAGGGAACACAAUGUUCUAGGCCCGUAUGUGGAUGGGCUUAGUCAGCUUGCUGUCACGUCGUUUCAGGACAUCGACAAUCUGAUGGCGGAGGGUAACAAGUCGAGGACAGUUGCGGCGACGAAUAUGAACUCUGAGAGCUCGCGUUCGCACGCAGUGUUCUCCGUCAUCCUGACGCAGACGUUGACGGAUUCGAAGAGCGGCGUCAGCGGUGAAAAAGUGUCGAGGAUGAGCUUGGUGGACUUGGCGGGGAGCGAAAGGGCUGUGAAAACUGGGGCGGUGGGCGAUAGGCUUAAAGAAGGAAGCAAUAUAAACAAAUCCCUAACGACGUUGGGUCUAGUCAUUUCAAAGCUGGCGGAUCAGAAUUCCGGAAGUAAUAAAAAUAAAGACAAAUUCGUGCCGUAUAGAGAUUCUGUUUUAACGUGGCUGCUAAAGGAUAAUCUUGGUGGGAAUAGUAAAACCGUAAUGGUGGCCACUAUAUCUCCAGCUGCGGAUAAUUACGAGGAAACGCUUUCCACUCUACGAUACGCGGACAGAGCUAAGAGAAUUGUUAAUCAUGCGGUGGUCAACGAGGAUCCAAAUGCAAGGAUCAUUCGAGAAUUGAGGCAAGAAGUGGAGGCACUGAAAGAGAUGCUGUUACAUGCAACUGGACAAGGAUCGAUAUUGGGCCAGCAACGCACAGAUAUAACGGAGAAGCUGUCGGAAUCGGAACGAUUAAUGAAAGAAAUGUCACAAACAUGGGAAGAGAAGCUGGUGAAAACGGAAAGGCUGCAACACGAAAGGCAACAAGCCUUAGAAAAAAUGGGAAUCAGCGUCCAAGCCUCUGGUAUCCAAGUGGAAAAGAACAAAUAUUACCUCGUUAAUCUGAAUGAUGAUCCAAGCUUGAACGAACUGCUAGUUUAUUAUCUAAAGGAAAGAACUCUGGUUGGGGGACGUUCGGCUAAGACAGAGCAAGAUAUCCAAUUGCACGGACUUGGUAUCCUGCCUGAGCAUUGUGUCAUCACGAUAGAGGAGACUGGCCUCUAUAUGACGCCAUUAAACGGUGCUAGGUGUUUCGUGAACGGCACUCAGGUAGUUGAGAAAACACCGUUGUUGCAUGGUGACAGGAUCGUCUGGGGAAAUCAUCAUUUCUUCCGGGUGAAUUGUCCCAGAAGCGCAACAGCGAUCAACAGUGAACCUCAGACGCCGGCACAGAAUAUCGAUUACACCUUUGCACGGGAAGAACUUAUGCUUAACGAGCUGUCGAACGACCCUAUACAAAGAGCCAUCGCCAGACUCGAGAAGCAGCACGAGGAAGAUAAACAGGUUGCGUUGGAGAAACAGAGACAAGAAUACGAACGUCAGUUCCAGCAGCUUCGCAACAUUUUGUCUCCAUCGACACCUUAUUCUCCUUACGUACCAUACGACCCCCUAAGGGGCAGUCAAAGUGGUAAACUUCCUGCUUGCACACCAACUACGCAAAUGCGGGUGGAGAAGUGGGCUCAAGAAAGAGACGAGAUGUUUAAGAGAAGUUUAGGCCAAUUGAAAGCCGACAUUUUGAAGGCGAACGCUUUGGUACAGGAAGCUAACUUCUUGGCAGAAGAGAUGGGGAAACAAACAAAGUUUAGUGUCACUCUACAAAUUCCGCCCAACAAUUUAAGUCCAAACAGAAAGAGUGUAUUUUUUCAGCGGGGCGCAUUCGUCAGCGAGCCUGCAAUUCUAGUGAAAAGGACAAAUAUGGGUAGCCAAGUGUGGUCCAUGGAGAAGUUAGAAAACAAAUUAGUCGACAUGCGGGAUAUGUACGAAGAUAGAAAGGAUCCCAACAAUUGUCAACGAUUGCCUGCCAUUAAGGAUGAAGUUCCCGGAAAAACUCAAGACCCUUUCUACGAGUCCCAGGAGAACCACAACCUCAUUGGAGUAGCGAAUAUUUUCUUAGAGGUUUUGUUUCACGACGUUCGAUUAGAUUAUCACACGCCAAUUAUCAGCCAACAAGGAGAAGUCGCUGGACGACUGCAGGUCGAGAUUAGUCGCAUAUCUGGUCACUUCCCUCAGGAUCGUAUCUGCGAGGCGGCGUCGGAAUCGUCGGCUGAUUCGACCUCGUCAGAGCCUGAGGAUUAUUCCGGCUCCAGUCACAUCACGUGUCGCGUGACUAUCAAGCAAGCAACGGGUUUGCCACUGUCCCUCAGCCAUUUUGUAUUUUGUCAGUACAUGUUCUGCGGAUAUUCGGAUCCCACAGUAGUCCCAGCCGUGGACAACUCGGAACAAUUGAACUCGAAUUGCCAGAUAGGGCAAAGAGACUCUCUGGUGUUCAAGUUCGAUCACACGAAUGAUUUUACCGUGCCUAUUACGGAGGAGUUUAUCGAACACUGUGCAGAAGGGGCCUUAAGCAUAGAAGUUUGGGGACACCGAAGUGCCGGAUUUUCCCGAAGCAAACCAGGCUGGGAAGUCGAGCAACAACUUGCCAAAGCUAGAUCUUUGGCUGAUCGAUGGUCGGAAUUAACAAGGAAGAUCGAAUUAUGGGUUGAAAUUCAAGAGUUGAAUGAGCAAGGAGAAUAUUCGCCAGUGGAUGUAGUUGUAAAGCAAGAUACGUGGACAGGGGGUAUUUAUCAAUUACGUCAGGGUCAGCAACGACGAAUACAAGUUCGUGUAAAACCAGUACAAAAUUCAGGAACAUUACCCAUUAUUUGUCAAUCGAUAUUAAAUAUAGCAGUUGGUAGCGUGUCCGUAAGGAAUCGUCUUCAAAUUCCAUUGGACAGUUAUCAGGAUGAAGACUUAAGCAUAUUAAGAGAAAAAUGGAGUGAAGCAUUAAUGAGAAGGAGACAAUACUUGGAUCAACAGAUACAAAAACUUAUUAAUAAACAGGAUAAAACUGAACAAGAUAUAGAACGAGAACAAAGUCUAGUAGAUCAAUGGGUCAGUUUGACGGAGGAAAGAAACGCAGUGUUAGUUCCUGCGGCAGGAUCAGGUAUCCCUGGUGCCCCUGCUGAUUGGAAUCCUCCUGCAGGCAUGGAACCACAUAUUCCUGUUCUAUUUCUUGAUCUCAACGCCGAUGAUCUCUCAACGCAUCAGUCAGGGGAAGAAGUCUCCGUCACUGGGGUGAAUUCUAUAUUACCAAAAGAACAUGGUAAUAAAUUUUACAAUUUGCCUAUAAUUCGUCACAUAGAGAAGGAUGUGUGCGCCAUCGCUGCUUGGGACUCCAGUAUACACGAUAACAAACAUCUGAACAAAGUCACAGACGCGAACGAACGAGUAUUUUUAAUUUUGAAGACAACGAUACGACUCUCCCAUCCAGCGCCAAUGGACCUCGUACUGCGCAAAAGAUUGGCCUUGAACAUCUACAAACGACAAAGUAUCACAGACAGAAUUUUCAAAAGGAUCGUACGUACCGAUUGUUUGACCCAAACUGGAGUCACUUACGAGGUCGUGUCUAAUAUACCAAAGGCAAGCGAAGAACUGGAGGAUCGCGAAAGUUUGGCACAGAUAGCCGCCAGUGGCGAAGACAACAGCCUAUGCGACGGUGAAACUUACAUUGAAAAAUAUACACGCGGUGUUUCUGCGGUGGAAAGUAUCUUAACUUUAGACCGGUUACGACAAAGUGUCGCGGUAAAAGAAUUACUGCAAGCACAAGGUCAACCACUUAUGCGCAAGACAGCAAGCGUACCCAACUUCUCGCAGGUACUACUGCCUCUACGCCGUCUCGGACGCACUAUCAUGAGAUCCGACACCUCGAUGGACUCUCUAAACGUGACACGUUCUGAAAGCGUGACUGAUCUCAACACCGAGUUAAAUGGAAUACUUCAUUCGCGUCGUGCAUCCACGGGUCACACCAGAAACGAUGAGAACUUCGUUUCUGCACCAGUUUCUAAACCAUUUGGAAUCGGCUCCAUUCUGAACUCAGCGAGACCAACUUUCCUGAAUCUGAACCUGAAUCUCAACUCAUUGACACGUCUGCAACAAUCCACCUCUGCCAAGUCGUCUCCAAAUAUGGUGAGUGGCAAAUUGGGUCUACGAAUGACCACCCUGCACGAGGAAACGUCGAACGCUGGAAAUCAAGUGACGACACCUGUUCAUGACGAGGACGAAGAGAAGAGCGACGCUGAUUACUCCGAAUAUGAUUCGUAUCAGGCACCGGUGAAACCAGUAAAACCGCUAACUUCUUCACGCACACUGGAUUCUCUCGUCGAACUUCAAUCGACGAAGAUCAACACACCGAGCAUGAGCAGCAGUGGUUACGGUUCCCAAGCUGUGUCCACGACCAAUCUCACGUCCGAGGACUCGAUCUCCGUCAAAUCCAUCAGCGUGGACGAGACCCCGGAUCUGGAAUAUCGAAAUUUAUUGGACAGCAAGAAACCGGAAAGGAUGGACAGCUCGUUGGUGGAGGAAACGCCGGAAGAAUACAUGGGCGAAGUGACUAACGCGUUGGGCAACUUGAACGUGAUGGAGAACACUUGUGGCGAGGAUCGUAGUAGAAAAAAUUUGGAAGAAACAGGCACUUACGUGGAUGCGGACAUCGACAGCCCAGUUUCUUCGACGAAAAGCGACAGCGAUGCAAAUACCGGUGCAACGCGUAUAAACUCUAUUCAAAAGAAAGAUAUACCGAGCCAGGUUUUGAGUAAUAGAAGAAAAAGCGAUAUGGAAAUUAGCCAGGCGUCGAAUUCUGGAGAAGACAGCCCUUUGGAGGGUAGUUCGGUUGUGCACACGAAGCUACCACCAGGCAAGGUCGUGCGACGAAGGAAAGCUUCUGCUAGCACAGGAAGGCCUCCGAGUUCUCAGCACAGGGCUUCAUUCCCCAUGGUCCGUCCACAACUUUCAGAGAGCAAAGCUGCAGCACGGCUUGAACAAUCAAUGCAACCCAACAUGCCCUAUGAAAACGGUGAUAACAGCUCAUCUGAACGAAUCGAUGAUGAUGUGAGCGACAAAAGUUCAGCUUUCGGUUCGAGACACGAUUUAAGCAGAGUCGAAACUCCACUCCCAGACUGGGUCGUAGUUGGUGAAUCAGUGUUGGUUCGCCCAUACAGCUAUUCCGGUGUGAUAGCUUAUGUUGGCCCAACAGAAUUUGCAUCUGGGACGUGGAUAGGAAUUGAACUUGAUGCUCCGACUGGUAAAAACGAUGGUGCUGUGAAUGGCCAUAGGUACUUCACGUGUCGACCGAAAUGCGGAAUCUUCGUCAAAGUGGACAAAUUAAUCCAAGACAAACGGGGCCGAGCACUUAGAAAUUACACCAGUACCCCUCAACCUGCACCGAUGCGCAGAAGUGUGAGCAGAGGUGAGGGUUUACAUUCCUUGCACCGAAGUCGAAGCCGAGGGGAGGGCCUCUCAACGACAGGCACACGAUCUUCACCACGGGGCAAGUAAACGGAUCACACAACAACACCGCUUCACCAUAACUUCGUUUUACUAAUAAGCCACUAAAUAUCCUAAUUGCUACAUGCCUAUGAUAUGUGUAGCAGCAGUGUUUCAGUCCCUUAGACAUUUAGGGCAGCUAUGGAUUAUAACUAAUUACUUAUGAAUAUUACUUGAAAGAAAAAAAAAAUUAUUAGGUCAUUAAUGUGUAUCACACAAAGCAUGGGACGUUCUCUCAAUUUUUUCGAACAGGACAUGCUGUUCUAAAGCAUAGUAUCUACAAUUAAUUCGCAUUUCAGUAGCGUAGCGAGAGCGAGAGUGAGAGAGAGAGAGGAGAGAGAGAGAGAGAGAGAGAAAGGAAGAGAGUUAAGCGCGAAAGAAGAGAGAGAAAGAUAGAAUGAAAGAGAAUGAGAGAGAGGGAGAGAUAGUUCGAAUGAGAGAGAAUGAGAAAAAGCGUCUGCGCGCAAGAAUAUCGAUACGAAUAAGAAGAAUUAUUUUCUUUCUUUUCGUAUCGAGAGAGUUAGCGGAUGAUAUUCAAUCGAAUAUAUAAUAUAUAUAUAUAUUAUCAUAUAUAAUUUGUAAGCAUUCCACAAAACUUUUUAUUUUAAACGACUGGGAUGAUGAGCCAUUUACUUUUUACAUAAGAGGAAGCAUCCGUUUAGUUUCGCGUAAUUAAUUGUACAUUUUUUAACGCUAUCGAAGAAAGAGGGAAAUAUUGGAGUCACUUAUUUCGACCAUUUAUCUUCUACCAUUUGAUGGCAAUUCGAAUCGACCGCCUCUUAGACGAUAAUAUUCUUCUAAGCACUUAAUUUGCGUUUAAUUGAAAAUAAAAGAAAAAUAUAUCGAAAUAUCGGUACAGAUAUAUGUAUGCCACGUUACACAUCCACGAUCGGUUAAAUAAUAAAACAAAAUAACAAUUGGCAAUUUUAUAAAAAAAUUGCUGAUAUAACAUAUACAUAGAAAUAUACGGGGGGGAAAAAAAGACACUCUCCAAAAUUACCAGGUGGUAAUUUUGAAUGUCGGAGAAGUAACCAAUGGAAGAAUAAAUAAAUAAAUAAAUAAAUAAAUACAGGAUGGAUAUAAAGAAUAAUUUAAAAAAAGAAGAAUUCUUUUCUCGAAACACGAAUUUACCGCGUUGCGUAGAUUAUUUAAAGAUUUUAUAUGUAUACAAUUGUUUCAUAUAUAUAUUGUAUUUUUUUAGCGCAAUCUGUUAAGUUCCUUUUUAUUGUAACAUACAAUUAUUGUCCUCUGUCCAGCAUUACGUUUGUUAACGCGAACAUGACACGCGAUUAAUUUAUAUGAAAGCGCAAAAUGUAUGGAAGAAAAUCGUGCCGUGUUGCACGAUAUCAUAGAAAUUAAAUGGGGGAAAAAAAAAAGGAAAAAAGAAAAAAAAAAGGAAAGGAAAGGAAAUUCACACUGACCCUCGUUUUUAUUUAUCACAAAUUAACUCGCCGGGCCAGUUGUGUAUUUUAUUCGAGUGCAACACGAUCACAUUAGGAUCGCAAUAUUAGGUUCGUAAGUUUUAGAUAAUAGAGAUCGAAUAUUAAAGAAAAUGGAAAAAAUAAUAAUAAUAAUAAUAACAAUAAUAAUACGAGCUUGCUUCAUUGUAUUUUGAAUUUGCAUAUAACCGUGUUGAUUCGACGUUAUUUCUUUCUUUCUCUGUUUUUUCCAAUCGUGGUUUUUCCACGAUUUAUCACGAUUUCGAUUCUGCACUUUUCUCCUCUUGGGUUAAAAUUUUUCACCGCGAUAUAACUCUAAUAAUAUACAUAUAUAUAUUUGAUACGAUUUCAAAACGUGAUUUUUGCUCAGUACGACGAUGACGAUACUGAUUUCUUGUUCGACGAAAAAAAUAAAUAAAUAAAUCUACGAUAUAUUCGUUUAGAUAAAAAAAAAAAAAAAAGAAGAAGAAGAAAAGGAAGAGGAGGAAGAAGGUAAAAAAAGGACUGUGCGAAAAAAAGGUAAUAAGUGACGAUUAAUAAAGGUGUCGUGUAUAAGAGAAAAAUCAAAUGGCGGUAUCGCAUAUUUUUUUUAAUUUACAAGAUAGAUUGUGCGGAGUGCAAAAAAAAAAGGAUACGAAGAGAAGAGGAGAAUAUAGUAUAAAGGAAGAAAAAAUGGUUAAAGAUGUGAAUCGAAGAAAUGAACGUUGAAUGAAAGAAGCAAUGAACGAUUAAGAUGAUAACCGUGGAGGAAUGAGAGAAAGGAAAAUUCGCCCAAAUUGUGAACAACAGCAACCAAAUAAUCACAACAACAUGAACAACAACUUCUGUCCAAUUAGAACAAUACUAAAUACUAUAUCAAUAAUGAACAUAUUACUGUAUAUGUAAUAUUUAUUGAAUAUAAAUAAUAAAACUCGCCUACGACGCGACGUUUCCUGAAAACAGUGGUUGAUUUAUUAAGAGAGACUUGAUUUCGUGUACUUGCGAGCGAUUAUAAGAGAGAGAGACAGAGAGAGAGAGAAAGAGAGAGAGAGAGAGAGAGAGAGAGAGAGAAUAUUACAAGUUAUAAAUUAUAAAAGAAAUAAAGACAAAAUUUACACGAAAAGGAAACGCCGCGAACGAAGGUAUCUCUGUCCAUUUUUUGGUAAUUCAAGAUUAUUAAAGAUGAAAGAAAAUUUAAGACUCAUAAAUGUCACAGUGAUGCUACAUGCCUGUCUGGCAUACGGUUAACAAAAUAAUUUUCAUUUUAGACGCGAUGCAUUAUAUUUUUUGUUUUUUUUCUUUUCUUUUUUUUUUUUUUUUUGUUUCUUUAUUUAUAUUUUAUCGAUACAGUGAAACAUGAAAUUUUUGUUUAAACAACAAUUGUAAAAUCUCCGAUUUUAUUUAUAAGUAUCUUAUAAUUGUUUUAUUGUAAAAGUUAUAAAUUGUACAUACAUAUUUUCCUUCUUUUUUAUGCCUUUUGUUUCUUUCUCAUUACGUUUACAAUAACACACAGUGGAGCAUUUAGCAUCGACGGAGCUUACACAGCCUAUUCCAUCCCACGAUAAGACAAUGUCCAUUUUUAUCGUUAUAAUUAUCUAAUAUGAUAAUCGUUCACAAUUACACUUUAUACCCUAAACGGAUUCUAGAAUAAUAUUUUCGACCAAUCGGUUUUACGAAUGUCUCUGGAAGACUUCCGAGUUUAACAUUAUCCCCCCCCUUUUAUCCGAGCAAGUGCUACAGCCACAAAAUACAAAACACACAAGAAACACACGGUCUAAGUUCCAGAAGAAAAAUUAAUUAAAAACGAUAAAAAAAAACAGGAGAAAAAAAGAAGAAGAAGAAGAAGAAGAAGAACAAGAAGAAGAAAGGAAGAGAGAAAACAAGAGGAAGACACAAAGUAAAUAAAAUAAAAUAAAAAAACAAGUUGAAACAAAGGGUCGCACGGGUCCAUUUUUUCGAGAGUAUUAAAAAAAAUAAUAAUAAAAAUAUAAAAAACGAACCGUAAAAAAUAAAAUGCUCUGUAAUAUCUAAUCGAUUCUCUUAACUAUAUGAAAGGCUGUGAAGACUUAAUCUUUUGCCGUUUUACGCUGCUCCCUCGUUUUUCUAUCCUCCGCACUGCUGCCGAUGCAUUACGACCGAUUUAAGGUACCAUUUUACGCAUCCAUCGCAAAAAAACCAGCCAUUGUGGCUGUGAUAUCUCAGCAAUGUUCGCUCUUGCAUACGCUCCAAAAAUAUUUCUGAUAAUCAUUAUUUGGAAAUUUCGUGAGAGAAUGGUGAACGUGUGCGAUGAUUUAAAGAGCGUGGGCCAUUUUUGUGAAACGUGAGUAGGAAAGGUAUUUAAGUACUUGUGCAAUCAAAAUUAUAUUAUUGAUUAAGUUCUUUAAGUUAAGUUGUGACAAGGUUUGAGUAUGCUGACUUGAAAUAUGUAAAAAAAAAAGAAUUUUAAAAAAUUUAAUUCUCUGUAAUGCAAUUUGACUUGGAAAUUAUUAGAUAAACUAAAUGAUAGAAUUCUUGAUAAUUGAAUAUUUAUAAUUUAUUAAAGAUUUUAUUGUAAUCAAAAUCUUUAAAUUUUUUUACAUACGAUUGUUUAUAUAAUAAAAAAAUAUAUUGAUUACAAGUACUUUAAUACACGAUUAUCUUAAAGUAAGAUUAUUCGCGUUUACAAAUUUCAAAGAAUUGUACAACAACCAUCCACUAAAUAGUUGAAACGUUAAAGGAUAACAGUAAAAAAAGAAAUUGGAAAUCUUUCAAUUUUUUUCUUUUCCAAGAAAAUUAGCACGAAACUGACAGCACAAUAAUUUUUUAGAAAAAUCUUUACAGCGUAUUGAAAAAUAUUGUGUAGUAACGUAUGAAAAAUUCACCUAUUAAAAUAAUAUUUAUUUAUCUUACAAUAUAAAUUUCAAAAUAAUAAUUUAUAUGUCUUACUUCAGAAAUAAUUGGGGAAAAAAAAAUAUUCCAAAAUAAAUAUGAAAAAAAUUAUUAAGAAUUUGGUUGAGUUGAUUGAAAAACUCUAUAAAUUAUUAAUCAAAUAUAAAUAAAAAAAUGAUUUCAUCGGUAAAAAUAUAACAAAAUAUUUUUAUUAAUAAUUUUAUUAUUAAUGAAAUGGAUUGUUAUAAUUAAAAUAACAUAAACAAACAAUUUUUUUUUAAUUAUGUUACUACUCAAUAAUUAAUUACACAGAGACUUUCCUACUUAUCUUAAUUGCUAUCCGCGAAGCCUGCAUUUUCCAGUGUCGUCAAUUAAUAAACGCGAAGUGCGAACAUGUUAAUAUUGAAUUCGGAACUCUUCUAAACGCUUGACGGUGAGAGACUGUUCGAACGAUCAUCGCUGAAUACAUUAAAAGAAACGAAUAAAAAACAAAAAAAAAAUACAAAAAAAAUAAGAACUCACGUAUAUAUAUAUGUAUAACGUAAGCGAAUCGAGAUUGGUGUUAUAUUUUAAUGUAAUGUGUAAAAAAAAAAGAGCAAAUAACAAAAGAUAAAAAAAGGUAUGUGCGCAAAAAGAAAACCAUCAGACACACACCGGUACUUAGACGUUUAUCGACACAGUAUUGUAAGAAAAUUAUAGAUACGAUGUGCACCAGCUUCACAGAUAAAUUCCUUCUACCCUUUAUCCCUCCAUUUUUCCUCAUCAUCAUCAUCCCCUUCGAUUGUUGUUAUACCAGCGAUACCGAGGCCGACACUAUACAUUGCAAUCGAAUCAAUCUAUAGUUGGUGCGACCAAAUAGAAUUGUCGACCGUGUAAUUUUCGUUCAUUGUACCUUUUUGAAUACUCGAUCCAUGGAACGACGUAUUCCGUUCUUAUUUGUUUGAUAGAAAACAAUUUCUACGAUUUUAUUUUUUAACUACGAUAUGUUUAUUCAUAAUUUGUACGAGGAUAAUUCCUAUUUAGAUAUUAGCGCUCCAUGUAAUGAGCGUUAUUUAUUACAUCGAAAAGUUAAAUAUUCACUGAAAUAUCAAAUACUAGUUCAAAAGUGCUCAAAUAUUGAUAUUUAUUAUUCUAUGAUACUUUAAUACUGGUAUUUAGUACUGAGAAAUAUUUAAAUAUUCGUACUCAAUGAUCUAACAUAUUAAAUACCGGUAUUUAAUAUUCAAGAGUACUUAAGAGAACUAUUCAAUGUUCAUAAUAUCGCGAAUAAUGUAUUUUCAAAUAUAACGAUACUCGAUAUUGAUCAAAUAUUGAGACUUGAUAUUCUUAAACCGUUCUAAAAUCCGAUUAUACUACUCGGUUAUUUAAAUUUAAAAAUUCACAAUGUUAUAAAAAGUAUUUAAAAAGAGAUUAUUAUUUUAUAUUCAAUUGAUUGAAUUCGAAUUGAUCGCUGGCGGUCAAAAAAUUCAAAAAGAAAAAUUUUGGAAUACGUUUACUCCAAUCGAUCGAGGAUUCGCCUUGUAAUAAUAUAGAACAACUUCUUCGGACGAAUAAAACGAGAAAAGUUAAUAAGAAAAAAAAAAAUGAUUGAUACUAGAUUGUAAGAAUUUUGGGAAUUCUCUGUAGAUCCGUAGAUCGCUGUGUCAUUCGCUCCGGUACUAGGUAACCGGAAAUAGGAAAGCCUAUUUUUGCAUUGCGUGAUUAAAGGCAGAAAACGUGUUUAGAAUCAAUUCCCAUUCAACUGAUAUCUAUUCGGAUGAAGUCUUAUGUAAGACUGUGGGACGAUACAAGGACGAUUCGCGGGAUGUUCUGCCAUUUUGUGUUUCCAUUACGAUGUUCGCGUGAUCAAAUCAUUUGAACAUUUUCACUUUAAUCGUGUUCCGUUAUUUUUUUUUUUUUUUAUUUCUACUUUCCUACUUUUGAUGUAACGUCGUAUAUAGAAAUGACAGAACAAAGUGAAUAUUAACUUUUUCAACGAAUAUCUCAUGUACAAUUGUAGAAAUUUACUUGUAUAUUACGUAAUAUACAAGAUUGAUAAAAUAGAUAAAAUAGAAUCAAAAAUAGAUAGAUGAAUAUAAAUAAUCUAUUCAAUGAAUCUAUUGUUGAGUAUGGUUUAUUUUAUAUAUAAUUUAUUAAUAUUAAUUUAAACUAAUUUUACAAUUAACAUUUUUCUAGUAAAUAUGAAUGCAACAUUAACAUGUUGAUAUAUUAUGUACUUUAUCAGAUUAUUUUAAUAGUUUAAAAAUUUCCAAUUUUUUUUAUUAAUUAAGAUUUAAAAAAUAUUUAAUUAACAUCUGAUUGAGAAUUGAAAUCAAAAACUAAGAAAAGAAAAGAAUCAAAGUAAUAAUAUUAACAGAAUUUUGAAUAUAUGCAUGUAUUUUAAAUAAUAUCGAAAAAGUGUUAUUCCACUAAAUAUUUAUAAAACAACUUAUCAGAAAUAUAUGCAUCUUAAACAAGUAAUUAAUAAAACAAGUAAUUCUAUUGUAAAAUUUUCUCAAAUAAUAAUUAUACCUCGUAAUAAUUGAUAUUCAAUGCAAAAUAGCAAAGAACAUCGAGCAAUUGAACUUGAAUCGUCUUGAUAUUGUAACGAUAUUGCUUCGAUCGCGUUUGCAAGAGCACACUAAUCAAAAGUCAUUACUUUUAUUUAAAAUUAAAACACUCAAAUCACUCGAAUUUCAAAAACUUUUCAAAUCAAUUCCCAUAAAAAUUGAAAAGCUCAAAAAAAAAAAAACGCGUCACGAAAGAGACGCUCCAUUACUAUCAAAUAAAUCGAUACAUCCGAAAUCGAAUAGCGUACAUAUAAAUCGAUAUGAUGUAUCGAAUCAAACGUCAAAAUCCUAACCUCGAUUGCUCAAUCAAAAAUGAAAAGUAUCGUGAAUCAUCUUCUGUAUGAUCGCGUAUUUUUUACAAUUGAAAGAUCAUAAUUAAAGGGAAUUGAAACGCGGAAAAGUUGUUGGAAAAAUACACACGAUGUAUAUAUUUCAAUAACGUGGACAAAUUGAUAAGGGUGUGAUUGCAAUCGUGAUCGAAGCGGUGAUCGAAACCGGGAAUGUAAAAAAAAAAAUAGAAGUAAGAUAAAUCAGAGGCGCUUAGGCGACUUUUAUUUCGUGUUACGCAUAUAGUGAAUAAUUAACACGUCGACAUCUCGGCGAAGAUUCAAAUUCCAUUACUUUAGACGAUAGUUAGCGAUCAAAUUAGCAUCGUACCUUUUUCACGCGCGCUGGUGCUACUGUGCUCGUUGCACGGAGAAUGCUUUUCAAGCAUAGUGUGUUCGUUUCCCACACUUGCUCACUCGUGGACAUUAAACAAAACAGGAUCGACACGCGAUAAAAAUAAAACGAGAAAAAGGAAACAAGAUCGCAUUACAUACGACGUACGUGCUUUUAUGGAAGUUUUGUCGUCGCUCUAUACAAACUCAUUUUUAUUAUCAUCGCAAUCUUUUUCAACUGGAACGUAGGUAACAAAAAUUAUCGCAAUCGAAUGAAUUUUUCACCUCAUUUCUUUCAAUAUCUAGUUCCACAUCUUAUUAGCCUCACACGCUUGACGAUUUUAUUAUUAUACAGGCUUCGAUCGAGCAAAGGUUUUUCUCUAUUUUGCGGGCAUAUUUUUCAACGUUAACUUUUAACGAACAUCUUUAUUAUACACAUAACGAUCACGUUACGUAUUACACACGCACAUACACAUCCGAUCGCAGGCGUACGCACUAGUGGCACGACGUGCUUAGCGGUGAAGAAAGAUAAGUAAGAAAAGCAAAAAAAAAAAAAAAAAAAUAUGAUACAUUAAAAAAAAAAUAUAGGUAGGAGAUAUAUUCCAUGUAAUUUCUUCGAAAGGAAAAAAAAAGCUAAUCAUUCUUUGUUUUCUUUAGUAGCGGACUUGUAGCGGAAUCGCGCGGUAUCCCCUAUUUAUUGUCAGAGACGGACUAUAUUGUACUACUUUUUUCCGAUCUCGUAGGGCCAUCUGAGGGCUGAAACGAUAAUUAAAUUAAUGGAAUCACACCGGAACUGUGUCGUAAACCGAGAGAUGACUUAUUGUGUAAUAGUAUUAUUUUGUAAGCAGUCAAUAAUAUUAAUAAUUAUCGGAAGUAAGCUACAAAAUACCGUAUCACCCCAAGGAUAAAAAAAAAAUUCAUGUAUUCUUUUCGUAAGCUCAUCUCGUCUCGAGAGAGUACCUAUACCUCUAUUGUUAAAUAUUAUACAUACUGCGAUACUUACAUAGAAGCUAAUACGAGUAUGACUUAAACAAUAAGGUGUGUACAUUUUAAUUUUUAUGAAUAUAAUAAAAGUAUAAUUUAAUGUUC